GAUGCGGAUGCGAAGAAACGUCAACUUUCCGAUUUCCAAAAUUAGCAAGUUUGCAUCUUAGCUUCGAUUUUCUCUAAAAUAAGUGUUUUUUUAAUAAUAAAAACUAAAGUUUUACAUGUGAUAAAGUUCCAGAUGUGUUAAGUAAUCGGCUACAUCACCAAUGCCUCUAACAGCACGACAAAGGACCGCCAAAAAUGGUUCCAAAAGGGCGCCGAGUUUCAACAAAGGAAAACGGCCACGAAAAGGGAGUGAAGGGGAUUAUUUAGUAUCAAAUGCUUCAACUGACUUGAAGUCGCUAGCAUAUCCUGGAGGCGCGGUGGCAUUGCUGGUUCUAGUGACCAGCAGGCUGGCUGCAGCAUACUUUGGACAUGUGGCAGAUUGUGAUGAAACCUACAAUUAUUGGGAGCCAUUACAUUACUUAGUGUAUGGUAGUGGGCUUCAAACAUGGGAGUACAGUCCGCAGUACGCUAUCCGCUCCUAUGCCCCACUGUGGCUGUUCGCAGUCCCGGCCAAUUUCCUCAAGUCCUUCUGCACCCCAGUUGUGAUAUUCUAUGUGAUACGGGCCCUGCUCGCUGUGCUCACUGCGUUGGCUGAAUUCAUGUUUUACAAGGCAGUAUGCCACGAGUUCGGCACGAACGUGGGCCGUCUCUGGCUGGCGCUAGCAGCCCCGGCUGCCGGCAUGGCGGCGAGCAGCGCGGCGCUGCUUCCGUCGGCUUGGAGCGGCGCGCUGGCGGCGGCGGCGCUCGCGUGCUGGUGGAGGCGGCGGUACGCGCCGGCGGUUGUGUUUACUGCUGUUAAUGUGCUGCUUAGCUGGCCGUUCACCAUUCUCCUCGGCGCGCCAAUAGCAAUAGACAUGCUGAUCCUCAAGCGGAAAUACACGGAGUUCAUCAAAUGGAGUCUGAUCUCUCUCGUAGUGAUCCUAGUUCCAACAAUAGCCGUAGAUUCAUGGCACUAUGGCCGGCUAGUUGUGGCGCCGUGGAAUAUUGUCGCGUAUAACAUAUUCACGGAACACGGGCCUGACUUGUACGGCGUUGAACCGUGGACGUAUUACUUUGUUAAUGGCUUCUUGAACUUCAAUUUUGUUUGGAUAUUGGCGUUGCUCUGCCCACUGCUGCUGACAUUGAGCCAGCACGUGACGUCAUCGUCCCGCCCGCCGCUCAGCCUCCCGUAUUGGCUGAGUCUCAUGCCGCUCGGCGCCUGGUUGGUUGUGUUUAUGCUGCAGCCGCAUAAGGAAGAGAGGUUCCUAUACCCAGUCUACAGUCUCAUCCCGCUAGCAGCCGCUAUAUCCCUGGACGCGCUGUGGCGCGCGACACAAGCCGUGCUGCGCGCGCGCCGCCACUCGCCGCCGCCCGCCGCGCCGCUCGCGCGAGUGUUCAUACUAGCUGUUGCUAUUGCCAGCAUAUCCCGCUCAAUCUCUCUCUACAACAACUACCACGGCCCCAUGUCGCUGCUCCGCUCACUGCCACCGACAGAGAGCGCCACGGUCUGCCUCGGCAAGGACUGGUACCGCUCUCCCUCCAGUUUCCACCUGCCUGAGGAGUGUGAAGUGAGGUUUGUCAAGAGCGAGUUCAGUGGGCAGAUGCCCGCGCCGUACGAUGUCGGGAGCAAUGCGACCCGCAUCGUCCACCCCUACUUCAACGAUCUCAACAAAGAAGACACUCGAACCUACAUCCCUCCAGAGAAAUGCCACUACCUCGUCGACUCAGACAUCGGCGACCCGACUCCCUUGCAACCCGACUACCACAGCGACACGCAACGCUGGGAGGUAGUCAACAGUGUUCCAAUACUGGAUGCGGCCAAAUCUGACCCGCUAUUAAGAGCUUUCUACGUACCAUUUCUGUCCUCGAGAACGAAUGUCUACGCGAAUCUGUAUCUGCUAAGGAAUAAGCUAUUGAAUGCGUAGUGGUUUAAGAUUGAAUUCGGUGUGGUUGAUAAUAAGGUAAGGCUCAGAGUGGGUUGAAUAAAAUGCGAUGAUUUACCAGUUGAGUUGAAACGCUAGAUAGAUUUAAACUUACGGUUUUGACCGCAAAAUAACACUUUUGAGGUAAUAAAAUUUACACUUACCCUUUGCAGCCUACUCUGAGUGAAAUAGUUUUAAGUAAAUUAAUAAUUUCAAAAUGCAAUAAAUGUUCAAUAACGUAAUAUAUUAUGAUGACAAGUAGACUUGUCCAUCAGAAACACAUUUUUUAGAUUUUAUCCGAUUUUAAAGUACUUAUAUUUUAGCCGCACAUGAACUUUAUAAGGGGGCCAUCCCAUCUCUGAUAACGACUGAAUUCUAUCCAGUUGUUAUUGGAUUACUUUAAAUUUUAUACAACUUAUUUCACAUAGGACAAUAAUGUCGUUAUAACACGCGCAAACAAAAAAACAAUAUGAAAAGGCUGUUCCAUAAUUGGGAGUAGGAAGGCCUACACACGGCUUCCGACAGAGCGAGAUGUGCGAUAGCAUUAGUAUGUCCACCAUUUUCAUAUUGAUUCUUUAUCUGUGCGCCUUAACCCUGAGUCAUCAAUAUGACAUGAAUGAACGGAAAAUUCAACGCAAUGUGGCUUCCUUUACUUUAAUUUGUACAAGAUGACUUUUUAUCCUCUCACUUGUCACUUGCAUGCGUACUAUAAGUGAGAAAAAAAAUCAUAAGGGACAAGUUCAGAGGGUUUUUUUCACCGUUCAAACAGUGAAAACACUAGAGAAAAUAAUACUACGUUUUAGUGAAAACUAAAAGUAAUUUUGUAUGUAGUGCUGUGGAAGUGCCGAGUGAUACCGCUAGGUGGCGAUGGCGUUUAGUUUUAACUUGAACGGUGUGAUUACUCUGUUUUACGUAUAAAUAAGAAUACAAUAACUGCCAUAGAACCGAAUUUAUAUUAUACAUUUGGUAAGAAAUAUUUAUACAUUUUUUAAAAUCCAUAUUCUGCAGUCAAUAAGCCUUGUUUCCUUUGAGAGUCUGAUUAUUAACAUCGAUAGGUACUUAAUGCCAUGUUUUACAUAAACUUUAAAAGUGGUCAGAUCUCUAUUUUAAAGUAAGUAUAAUUUUACACUGCCGUGGCAGUGAUAGCUAUUAUUAUAACGAAAAAUUAUAAGUAUUUAAUUUAUAUUAAUGUUGUUAUUUAAUUUGUAUUUGGAUUGAUUUAUUUUUAUACUUUUCUGUUACGUGAAACGUAUCAAUGUUGUUUGUCUAUGGAUCAAAGUUUUCUAGCACUUAUGUUAGGAACUAAACUCAGCCUAACAUAAGCUUCAUGCCUCCCAAAAACAAGGGUGACUUUCCAGAGAUAUGCUAUGCUAUGUUGCUAUGGAUGCGAUUACAGAUUGAUAUCCCCAAUCAUAUUCGUUGGUCCACAUAGCAUAGCACUGAUGAUAACGGAUUUCUUUCACAUCUCCGCAACAUAGCUGCAUAGCAUAUAUUUGGUGAAAUUAAAGCUCAGCUUAACCAGUCUUUGAUUUCUUGUGUGAGAGUUUACAAUUUGUAUUUGAGCUGUUUUAAUAUUUCCCUCGAGUUUUCUUUAGUUUAAUAAAACACGAACGGGGCUAGUCAAUGAAGUAAUUGUUAAAUGAUGUUGGCUUAAUUAAUAUAACAUUAGAAUUUGUGUGCAUUUUGUAUUUGAGCAUUUUUUGAGAGUUUAGUGCAAUUAAAUUAUAAUUUCUAAAUUAAUAAAUUAUAAUGAUCUAAUGUUGAUUGCAAUAAAUCUUAACACAGUUUGAUUAUAGUUAAGCUUGUGCAAAUGCAAUAAUUGAUUUAAUUAUGAUAGUAAAGUAAUAAUUUGCAUUUUUAUAUCGAGUUGUGUGGAAAGAGCAAUUUGUCAAAGUAGAUAAUAAAUAUUGAUCGAAGUUUUUUAAAUAAAGU